AUGUUACACUCAGUAGAAAGUUCUCUUAUCGUCAUUCGUCGAUCUGAUCGAAUAAUUUUUCGUACUUUUGCCACCAUUUCCACAUUUCUUGAUGUUGAAGGUCGUCCAGCACGAGAGUCAUCAUUAAUGUCUUCACGACCCUCAAUAAACCUUUUAUGCCAUUCAAAUGUUUUAGACCGGCUCAUCGCUUCAUCUUCAAAUGCUUUUUUAAUCAUUUCAAAAGUUUCAGUCGCUGAUUUACCGAGUUUAACGCAAAAUUUAAUGCAAACACGCUGCUCGAGUUUAUUCGACAUGACAAAAACGGCACACACAUUAAAAGUAUCUGAUUUCAAUGAAUUUUCGUUCAUUACUAACAGUUAA